AUGACAAAAUUAGUUAAAAUAUGUGGGUUGAAGACCCAAGAAGCUGCCGAUAAAGCAAUAGAAUCCAAAGCAGACCUUCUAGGUGUGAUCUUGGUUCCUGGUAGAGCAAGAUCGAUAGAUCAUGAAGUUGGCAAAACUAUUUCCAAGAGAGUUAAAUUGGAAAGAAGCAAAUCGAAAUUCCAAACCAGUAAAGAACUUAUGGAGCAUGCUCAGGAAUUGAAGUUAAAAGAUCACAAUGAAUACUUCAUUAAAAUACGUGAUUUGAUCAUAGAAAAUGGUCCAUUCUUAGUUGGUGUAUUCAGAAAUCAAUCUAUUGAAGAUGUUUUCAAGAUAGCUCAAGAAUUGGAUGUUGAUUUUAUCCAAUUACACGGUAACGAGAUUUUGGAAGAUUACCAUAAAUAUAAUCAAGAUAAAUUCAAUGGGAAGUUUGGUAUAAUCAAAAGAUAUGUCAUACCGAAAGAUAUUGAACUAAUGUCCCAAACAUUUUCGAAUAUGAAUAAUGGAUUAGCAUUAGCAUUAUUAGAUUCGGAAUUAGGAGGAGAAGGGAAAACAAUAGAUUGGAGUUAUUUGAAUAAAAUGGAUGGGCAGUUCAUUUUAGCAGGAGGAUUAAAUCCGGAUAAUUUAGCAGAUACUAAUCAGUAUGCUAAUAUUAUAGGAUUUGAUGUGAGUGGAGGAGUGGAAAAGGAGAAUGGAGAGAAAGAUUUGAACUCGAUUGAUAGAUUUAUUACAAAUGGUAAAAAUUUAUAA